AUGACCAUCAUCGAGGUCGGGGUGGCGAUCUUGGCGGAAGAUGAUGAUCCCCCUGCACCUUGCGAACUCCUUGAGUCCACUUUCAGGUACCACCAGCUAGAGGCAUUGGUCCUCGUGGCCAUGGCCUACCGUGGGAUUAUGAGCAUCUACCUGCUCAGGGCUGCUUUGACGCCGGAGUGGGACAGCAUACCGCCUUCGGUGUCAGAUCAGGACAAGGCCACCGUCCUCAUCCUCUGCGGCUAUCGCGCGCUGCGAACCUGGGGAGACCUCCAUUGUGUGUCCGUGCAGCAGACCCUACAGCAAAGACGACUCCGUGCCAAGAAGAACAAGCUCUGGAUGGACGAGUACCUGCACAGGUUGAAGGAGCAUCGCGCUCGGCUCGUGGUGAGGAUCCAGCGCAUGGUCGACAGGAAGUUGCCGCAGCUGCUUUUUCUGCUCGCCUCGCUGCUGUACUGCGGGGCCGAGUUCUUCGACUUCGUGCGCACCUCGCAAGUCCUGGGCUACGUGCUCGUCAUCGCCUUCGGCUGCGAGUUCCUGAUACGGACGAAGGCGCAGGGCGGGGAGAUCUUCUUCCGGCCUCUCUUCAACAAGCUGGAGUUCUGCGUGCUCGCCGCGGGCACCUGGUGCCUCUUCUACGCCUCCUGGUACACGCAGUACUUGGCCUCUUCGAAGGCCGAGGCCACCGCUGUGGCAGCCGCCACCGCGGUCCUGCUGCUGCUCCACCGCUGCAUUCGGCUGCUGGGCAUCCAGCUGAAGGUCUCCGCCAGCGAUUUCGAUGCUGACAGCGUGAUGAAUGCCAAGGCUGUGCAGAUCUUCAUGGCCAAGUUCGGCACCAUGGUGGAGGUUCCGCCGAACAACGUUAAGGUCGACCUGCCCGGCUCCAUGAUCCACAUCCAGAAGGCCAGCCUGAAGAGAGAGGCCUUCGAACAGAUGCAUCUUCCCGUCACGGUCAUGGGCGGCCUCAUCGAGGACCUCUUCGUGGACUUCUUCAGCGCCGACACCACCAAGGAGCUGGGGCGGCCCAUCGCCUUCGCCCCCCGGGUGCGGGGCCGGACCAAGAUCCGCAUCAAGAACAUGCUGCUGCUCCUGGGGCCCGGGCCUGGCCUUGCUGAAGCCGGGGAAGGGGAGCCGGGCGGCUACUGGCAGUACGACAGAGUGGCGGCGGCCAAGAGCAGAGUGGUGGACCUCAUCUGUCAGCGACUCACGGUGCCUUUUCCCACCCAAGACCCGGCGACCUUAUCUCAAGACUCCAUUGGCUCGAGGCCCAAGAAGACCUUGCGCCAGAUGGGCCAGAACCUCAUCAAAGGCGCCCGGUACAAGGUGGGAACUGCAGUGGCCCAGGGCUUCCGCCGCUUGCGGAUGGCGUUGCAAGACAGCUCGGUGCGCCAUGUGGACAUGAACGUCAACAACGUCAUGCUGCAGUUUGAGGAUCACGAGGGCCUGCUGGGCCAUGGCUGCCUUACGCUGGGGAUGAAGGUGGACACUGUGAAGCUGCACCGGCACCAGGGCAGGCACUUCAGCGCACAGAUGUCGCGGUGGUCCGUCUAUGCCGAGCCCUUCGCCGCGGCGGACACGCUGAGACGGUCGUCCAUGUCAAACUGGCGGCCCAAUCGGACCGUCAAGAAGAUGGUCCGGCUGAACUGUUCAGAGCGCUGGCGCUACUGGGCCUUCGCGAACAUGGAGGACCGCAAUCCUCCAGACCCGCUUGCACUGCUGAAGCGCAUCGAGCGCUUCCCAGAGCGGCACAACAUCCUCACAGUUCAGCAGGUGGUCAUCCGUGGCAGCGCUGCAGACCCCUCGCAACCGGUCGAGGAGCCGGCGAAGAAGCCCUCGACGGAGAGCCGAUGGGAGCGGAUGGCCCGGGUCUUGCGCAAGGACGAGCCCUCGGCGCCCAGCGGCCUGGACAUCGAGAGCCAGCUCUUCGCCUCAGACUCAUCGCAGGCGGAUGCCUGGGAGUGGAAGAUCUCUGUGCGGCCAAUCCGCGUGAUGGUCGACGACAUGCAGUUCCGCUGCCUCCGAUACGUGCGCCGCUGCGUGUCCAACUGGUGGGCCUGGGACAUGGCCUUCCAGUGGUAUCCGGACCUGCGGCCCUGCGACCCAGAGGUGCAGCGUGCCUCCGCGGGGGAGCGCAGCGUCGUGCUCCGCUUCUGGUGGGUCUAUGCCACGCAUCGAGCCCUCGUCUCCCUGGGCCGGCGCCCGAACUUCAUCUACCUCAACCUGGUGCGGAAGGCCAGUUACCGCAACAAGCACCGCACGCUGAUCACGAAGGUCCUCAACCAGUCGGGCCCGCUGAUUCCAGGAGCGCGUCUGGCUCUGAAGGCCUCGCCGAACCAGCGGCAGCAGCUGUCGUCUCUUCAGAUCCAUUUGCCCUAUCCGGACAUCCUCACCUGCCUCAGGGAGGAGCUGGCGAAGACGACGAGAGGCUGGAAGCCGAGCGAGUCGGCGAUUGCUGCGAGCAGUCCUUCACCCCCCGGGCACGAUGAGGAGUUGGACUCCGCCGCAGAGGACUCCGACGUCUCGGACAGGUCCGAGGCCGACGACGACCUCUCAGGAGACGAUGAUCACCCGGAGGCGGAGCCCAGCAUGGGAGGCCACUGGGAGCUGAAGUGGGCCACGCUCGAGGUCUGGAUCCUUGGCUGGAGGUCCAGCACCUCCCGGCCUGUCCUUCUGCACAGCAAGCUGCACGAGAUGUGUCUCGAGGCGGACGUCCGCAACCAGGAGGUGGCGGCAAGCGCCUCGCCCUCGUUGGGGCGGCUGACGCCCUUCGGGCUCAUCUGCACGCUGAGGGAGCUCGUGAUCCAGUCUCCGCACUCGGCCCUCGACUGCCCUGCUGCUGGGGACAUUCUGCAUAUUCUGCGGCCAGUGAGGAUGCUUCCUGCAUGGCUGAUCCCGAACUUCCGUUGGCUCGGCGUCUCGCGGAUGGGCCAAAGCUUUGCCUUCAUCCUCCAAGCCGGACCCAGCUCGCCCAAAGAGCUGCAAGUGGAGCUGUUUUUCCCCGACGCCCGCUUGCUGCUCUGGGAGCCCCUGGGCGUGGCGCUCCGCCGCUUCCUGCAGGAGCCGACGGACGCCGUGGACAACGAGACCCGACGGGACCUGCCGUUUAUCGAACGCAGGACUAUGGACGGAAGAACUGUGUCGAGUGGGCGUGUCGGCCCACUGGGAGCUGCUGUGCAGGUCCGGACGAAGGCUCAUGGCAUCGUGUCUCCCCACCAGCUGGAGGCGCAGUCGAUGAGGCGGCGAGCCCGAGCCCAGCGCCAGUUCGAGAGGCUGACGCAGCCGCGGGAGGACCUCGAGUUCCAGGCUGUCCUGCGGAUGGGCGCGUUGCAGGCAGGAUGCAAGUUUUAG